AUGUCUUCUAUGAUAGACUCGGACCAAUAUCGGGAGGAAUGUUUCAGCUAUGAUUCCAGGUAUCUCACGACGACUUCGCCCCCAUGGAACUCGUUAUCAGAAGAGAGGCAAGACUUGAUCAAAAAGGAGCUCCAGUACAUGUUCUUCGAGGAAAUAGCUUUACAUCUACGCUCUGGAGAUGAAUACGCCGUGGGAUGGUAUGCGACUUCGGAUCUUCCAGUCGCCAGAUAUCGCCACCCGGCACAGGUCGAUAUUGAUCGAGAAGAAGCAUUCCAAUUCUUGAAUAAGGAGAUUGCGGUCUAUAUUGAUACGGCUACUGUUCAGGACAUGGACUUGGGUUAUCUGGGUCGAUACUUAUACCGUGCGUGGCUGCACUUGCACAACGGACGUCCGCCAUUCCAACGUGGAGGCUUUCUUGCAAAGCCGCUUCGAAUUUCCAAGAAGCACACUGGAUCGCUAGAUGAGCUAUCUUCAUUUCACGGGGACCUGACACGUACACUCUCUAUACAUCUUGAUGAUCACGUGCAAUUCGAACAAGGCAGAGAUCACUCGACGAUUACUCCACAGCGAGUCAACCCAUCAGUUCAAUCUCUCAAGGAUCAUGGCUAUCUAAUGGGACCGCUCUUCCGUGCAAUCUAUAUAGUCGUGGACAACCAGAGUCUAGCUGGUUACACCAGAACCCUUCAUGUUCCAGAACGGGAGAACGGAGAUUGGAUGGCACUUCGCAGCCAGUUUCGCGCCAACCAGGUCUCAGGCCAUACUGUUCUAUUGGUCAAAACAGGCGACGAUUCCCACCUUGCCUCUCCGAUUAGCUUCUUGCCCCUCUUUGACGCUGGUCUGGCGCUCAAUGUCAACCGUGAAGAUUACCAGGAUGAGGAAGAACCUGAGGUCGUACGGGUCAAGAUAGAUGAUGCCAUUUCGUUUAUCUGGGAUCUUACUACAAAGGAGAUGGAUUGCAACAAGAAUAAUCUUGACUUGGCUGAGAGUCUGAGACAAGAACAGGAUAUGCACUGCCAGGCUUGGAAAAAGCCCAAGAGGUCGGGAUUGACACCAAUGGCUAUUCUUGGCAAGCUAUCCGGCGUGCUUUGGCAAGGCCUAACAAUGAAGCGUUUGAUGUAG